GAGAGGAAACAUGAUUCAUCUGCUGCUGGUCGGAUUCCUGCUGGGAGGAUAUCUGAUCCUCAUCAACACUCUGUUCAGGAGGUCUAGAUGUAAAGGAAAUGCUGGGAUGGCUGGGAAGACGGUCAUCAUCACAGGAGGAAACACCGGCAUCGGUAAAGCUACAGCGCUACAUCUGGCCAGGAAAGGAGGACGAGUGAUUCUGGCCUGCAGGAACCGAGACAAAGCUGCAGCCGCCAUCACUCAGAUACAGCAGGAAACAGGAAACUCUGAAGUUCUCUUCAUGCAUCUGGAUUUAUCCAGUUUAAAGUCAGUCAGAAGCUUCACGGAAACUUUCCUCAAAACAGAGACCAGACUGGACCUGCUGAUCAACAACGCUGGUCUGGUGGCCGACGGUCGGACCGAGGACGGCUUCGGGGUGGAGUUUGGCGUGAACCAUCUGGGCCACUUCCUGCUGACGGUGCUGCUGCUGCCCAGGAUGAAGGAGGCUGGAGGAGGCCGGGUGGUGACUCUCAGCUCCAUGGCUCACCGCUGGGGCCACGUCGACUUUGAGACUCUGGCGGUGAGCCGACAUCUGGGCACCGGCAGCUACAGCUGGCAGUUCUUCCAGGCCUACUGCAACAGCAAACUCUGCAACGUCCUCUUCACCCACGAACUAGCCAAGAGGCUGCAGGGGAGCAGCGUCACCUGCUACAGCGUCCACCCAGGUAUCGUUCGGACCGAGUUGUCCCGUCACGUCAGCCUGUGGCAGAAGGUUUUCAUCGAGCCGUUGGCCCGGCUGCUGUUCCUGGACCCGGAGGCCGGAGCUCAGACCACGCUGCACUGCGCCCUGCAGGAGGGAAUCGAACCUCUGAGCGGACGAUACUUCUCCUGCUGCGAGGUGCAGGAAGUGUCGGACCGAGCCAAAGACGACGCCGUGGCCCGGAAACUGUGGGAGGUCAGCGAGAGUCUGUGUGGACUGUCUUCAUAAGGUCACCGUGGAAUACAGUCACUGUGGGGUGCUCUAAACCCACAGUGACUGUAUGGGAUGUCCUCAUAUAGCCACUAUGAUAGACACCCACAGACCCAUAUAUAUAUA